GAUACUGAGAAAACCCACCCCAAACCCUCUCCCCCUAACAAACACCACUCCAUGCCGCUCCGCACGCUGCUCCGGCACCUCGCGGCUGGCCAGUUCGCGCGCCUGCAGGCGCUCACGGGCGCGGCCACGGCGCCGGCCGCGCACCGCGUCCUCCACCUCCUCCUCCGCACCGCGCCGGCCCCUCCCCUCCCCCACCUCGUCUCCCUCGCGCGCUGGUCCCGCUCCCACUUCCGCGCGCCUCUCCCGCUCCGGCUCCACGCGCUGCUGCUGGCCCGCCUCGCCUCCCACGGCCUCCACCCGCUGCUCCGCUCCGAGCUCCACGCCCUCGCCGCCGCCCGCCUCCACUCCCCGGCGUCAAUCGUCCGCGCCCUCCCCGCGGCUUCCCCAGCCGCCGCGCCGCUCAUCGCCGACAUGCUCGUCCUCGCGCUCGCCAGGGCCUCCCAGCCCCUGGCGGCGUACGAGGCCUUCCUCCUCCUCGGCGACAACCACCCGCGCCACCGCCCCUCCGCCUUCUCGGUGAACAGCCUGCUCUCCGCCCUUUUCGCCGCCGACCGGGUCGACCUCGCCGAGCGGGCCUUCAAGGCGGCGCUCCGGCGGCGCGUGUCGCCGGACCUUUUCACCUUCAACAUCGUCGUCUCCGGGCUCUGCAAGGCUGGGCAGCUUCGCAAGGCCGGCGAUGUCGCCAAGGACAUCAGGGCGUGGGGGCUGACCCCCUCUGUGGCCACCUACAAUGCUCUCAUCGACGGCUACUGCAAGAAGGGUCGUGUCGGGAGGAUGUACCACGUCGACGCGCUUUUGAAGGAGAUGGUCGAGGCUGGAAUCUCGCCCAAUGUUGUUACAUUCAAUGUGCUGGUUACUGGGUAUUGCCAGGACUCGAACACUGCUGCUGCGGUGAAAGUCUUUGAGGAGAUGAAACAGCAGGGGAUUGCGCCCAGCAUGGGGACAUACAAUGCACUUGUUUGGGGUCUCUGCUGUGAGGGGAAGGUAGAGGAAGGGGUGAAGCUGGUGGAUGAGAUGCAGGAUCUGGGGCUGGCGCCUAAUGUGGCCACCCUGAAUAGUGUGCUGAAUGGGUUUUGCAAAAAGGGCUUAAUGGCAGAUGCUGAGAAUUGGGUUGAUGGUAUGGCACAGAGGAAUGUUGAACCGAAUGUGGUUACUUACAAUACCUUGAUGGAUGGAUAUCGCCGGCUCGGUAAAAUGAUGGAUACGGCGGCUGUGAAGGAGGCCAUGGCAGGGAAGGGGAUUAGUCCAAAUGUCAGAACAUACAAUUGCCUGAUAGCUGGGUUUGACCAGAGCGGGGAUUGGGGCAGUGUUUCUGGUCUUCUCGAUGAGAUGAAGGACAAAGGUGUUAGAGCUGAUAUUGUCACUUACAAUACACUUAUUGGUGCCCUGUGCUGCAAAGGGGAAGUACGUAAAGCUGUAAAGCUCUUGGAUGAAAUGUUGAUGGUUGGCUUGGAACCAGAGCAUCGGACUUACAACAACAUAAUAAAUGGGUACUGUGAGAAGGGGAACAUUAAGUCUGCCUAUGAAAUUAGGGCCAGGAUGGAGAAAGGUAGGAAACGGGCAAAUGUGGUCACAUACAAUGUCUUCAUCAAGCACCUUUCCAGAAUGGGGAAGAUGGAGGAGGCUAAUGAGCUCCUGAAUGAGAUGUUGGAGAAAGGUCUCGUUCCAAAUAAGGUUACCUAUGAAACAAUCAAGGAGGGGAUGAUGGAGAAAGGUUACGUUCCUGAUGUAAGAGGACUCGCUUGCUCAGAAGCCUCUCAAAAUCUGACAUCCUGAAACGCUUGCCAGUUCACAGUUUUAAGUUUGAAUGGUUGGUCUUUUCUUGGACCCAGUCUUUCUGGCGUGCACAAGUGUUCACAUUGAAGGAAGUCACAAGAGGUGGCUAUGGAGGUUUUUUCCCAACAUGGGUGGCAACAUAACCUUCGGAUCGAUCCACCACCUCCAUCGACAUAGGCAUAGUGUUGGUCUAUAGGGCUCUACUGCUGCCGAUUUGUCGGUUUUUUUUCAUCAUUUUUUGUCAGACCUUCAUAUUGGGCCGUGUGCAUCCUAGUUAUGCAGAGGCCGGGUGUUACUCAUAAUGCUUUGUAUCCGCUUGAUGCUACAUUUGAGAUAAUAAAAUCGCCCUUUAUCGAAAAAACAAGAGGCGGUGCGCCGAAGAUCGGGCUGCCGGCGUACCGCACUGGACACAGCACAUGGUGGGCGUCCUUGCUUUAUUAACGCAGUGCAUCCGACAUGUAGCCGGCGUGAUGGCCCCCAAAUGACCCAUCAAAUGACGCGCACAUCACUUCAACCGCGACCCCAGCCCCCAGGUCAGGUGGGACUAGCCGCUGAGUUUAAGCAUAUAAAUAAGCGGAGGAGAAGGAACUUACAAGGAUUCCCCUAGUAACGGUGAGCGAACCCGGAGCAGCCCAACUCGAGAAUCAGGCGUCUG